AUGGCUUACUUAAGAAAUGGCAGAAAUGUCAUCCGUCAAAUCAUUAAAGACACCAACAUCCAUGGCUCCGACUCGGAUCGCAUGAUAAAUCCUCUGCUCUAUGCUUGUCAAGGAGUUAGGUACAGAAAGUUGGAGGUCAUUCUAACAACGAGCGUAGAAAAGCUUGGCAAAGCUGGCCAGACAGUGAAGGUUGCGCCCGGACAUUUUCGCAACCAUUUGAUGCCCAAGUUGCUUGCUGUCCCAAACAUUGAUAAGUAUGCUUAUCUCAUCAAACAGCAGCGGAAGAAUUGCCUGCUUCAAGAAGAGGAAGAGGAGGAGGUUAAAGUAGUUACUGUGUCUGAGGAAGCUAAGCAGAGGGAAUAUCAGAAGGCAGCAAAAAUUCUGGACAAUGCUCGUCUGGUACUGAGGAGGUCUAUCAAUCUUGAAAAGUUCCGUACACGUGCAACGAAAGAAGACGCUAUAGAAUUGAAAUCCCCUGUGACAACAGAAGAUCUUGUGGCUGAGGUGGCAAGGCAGCUUUGUGUGCACAUUCUACCCGAAAACGUGCAUCUCCCAUCUCCUUUGUUAACUGUGGGAGAGUAUGAGGUGCCUUUGCGUCUUCCGAAGUCCAUCCCUUUGCCGGCGGGGAAGAUUCAAUGGACUCUUAAUGUUAAAAUCCGUACUGCAUAA